AUGGCAUUGACAUACGAUGUCUUCCGCGGCUCUCCCGAGGGCAAGAUCGUCACCGACAAAGUGUCCAGCGACCUCGGAUACAAUGAAGUCUUCAUUGAAACCCUCGUAUCCGGCGUAUGCGGAACAGACGAACACUAUCUGAAGUCGGACCAAGUCCUAGGCCACGAGGGUGUGGGGAUCAUCAAGGCCGCUGGACCCGGUGUGCAGACGGUGAAGAUCGGUGAUCGCGUGGGAUUUGGUUUCACUCAUGGGAUCUGCGCGCGAUGCGAUAACUGCGCGAGAGACAUGGACCAAUUCUGCCGAGAGAAGAAACAAUACGGCACCAACGAUUUCAACAACGGCAGCUUCAGCUACAACGCCAUCUGGGAUGCAAACUGCGUAUUUCCCAUCCCGGACGAGAUAGAAUCAACCCACGCUGCACCUCUGAUGUGUGCAGGGGCAACGGUGUGGACUGUUUUGACACGGUUCGACAUGCGUCCCGGUGAUCGGGUCGGAAUCCAGGGGGUGGGCGGACUCGGUCACCUGGCUAUCAAGCUGGCCGCUGCUAUGGGGUAUCAUGUUGUCGUGCUGUCAAGUUCUGAGGCCAAGAGGCAAGAAGCUAUGGAGUACGGCGCGUCGGAGUAUCAUGUCUUUCGGGCAGAAAGCCCUCUCCGGUCGUUUAAGCCUCUGAAGCAUCUCCUGCUUUGUGGGAGUGGUGGCGUGAAGUAUUCCUCUAUCCUACCGCUCAUGGAUAGUCCUAGUGCGAUUUAUCCGUUGACUGCGACGUUUGAGGCCUCACCCAUCCCUACCCUGGAGCUAUGCUUCAAGGGCUGUAAGAUUCAGGGCUCCUUAGUCGCUUCCCGUCAGAGUACACAGGCGCUCUUGGAAUUCGCAGCGAAGAAGCAGAUUUAUCCUACUAUAAUGACGUUUCCGUUCACCAGCGCUGGGAUCGAGGAGGCGAUGAGCCAGUUGAGGGAUGGAAAGAGUGCUGCAUACAAAUUACAUGUCGUGGACAGUAAAUGUGCCAAAGGAGCUGGCGCGGACCGCAUUCGACAAGGCCCUAAGCAGCGCCGCAGCUCCCGCCCAAAAUAA